AUGGAGGGGGAAAAAUGUCGGGAGGAGACACGUGCCGGUUGUAGUGCGCAUGCGUCCCCCUUGUUACGUCCCGACGUGCCUAAUCUCUUCCGAGGUUGUUACAUCCGCAUCUUGAAGCGGGAACCGGUGGAAGAUGAAGUAAGGCUUCGGCUGUCCUCCGUGGAGUGUGGGAGUUCGGGGCUGGAGGAUUGGGAUGCGGGGCGGGAGGAGCUGAGGGAAGGGGCGGGGGCGAAGCGUCCGAGGGCGCUGGGGUCGCGAAGCCUGGAAGGCGCCGAAACUCUUCCAGGGGAGGCCUACCCGUUGACGAAAGUGAAGUUAAUCAACGAGCUCAACGAGCGAGGGGUCCAGCUGGGGGUGGCGGAGAAGGUGUCCUGGCUCUCCGAGUACAAGGACAGCGCCUGGAUCUUCUUGGCACUGAAAGCCCUUCUCAUAGCAUCAACAGUUGUAGCCUUGGUGGCUCCAGAGCACUGCCAGGUGGCACAGGAUGUUGCACAGUCUGCAAUAUAUGGUGAGAUUGUUAACAUAAGUCUGGUACACAAUAAGAAGACUGGGAAAUCCAAGGGAUUCUGUUUCCUUUGCUAUGAAGACCACCGGAGCACAAUUCUGGCUGUUGACAAUUUUAAUGGCAUCAAGUUGGGCGCUCUCGGUCGCCGGGCCGUUUCUUUACUCGGUGGCAACUUCUGCAGCCCGUUGACGAAAUUGAAGUUAAUCAACGACCUCAAGGAGCGAGGGGACCAGCUGGGGGUGGCGGAGAAGGUGUCCUGGCACACCGAGUACAAGGACAGCAGCUCCUGGAUCUUCCUGGGUGAGUUGUGCCGCCCGGUUACUUCUGGCGACAUGAUUUGUGUUUUCAGUCGAUAUGGUGAGAUUGUUAACAUAAGUCUGGUACACAAUAAGAAGACUGGGAAAUCCAAGGGAUUCUGUUUCCUUUGCUAUGAAGACCACCGGAGCACAAUUCUGGCUGUUGACAAUUUUAAUGGCAUCAAGAUCAAAGGACGGACUAUUCGAAUGGAUCAUGUGUCUAACUAUAGGGCUCCUAAGGACUCAGAUGAAUUGGAUGAUGUGACCAGAUUGCUUCAGGAGAAGGGUUGUGGGGCACACAAGCCUCCAAAAUUUUCAGAUGAGGACUCUGAGGAUGACAGGCCCACAAAAAAAAAAACGCAAAAAAGACAAAAAGGAAAAAAAGUAAAUGAAGAAAAGCGGGAGGUACAGCACGAUGCACCAGUCUCCUCUUCAUCACCCAGAAGCAAGAUGCUAAAGGAAAACAAUUCCCCCGACUGUAAAAAGUUCAACAACAAGAACUCAAAAAAGGUUCAGAAGUCAGAAUUCAGGGAGGGGCUGAAGCAAGGCCGGAGCAGAGACAGGGAGCCAAAGAAGAAGAAGCCCAAACAGGAACACAGGUCCUUAAGUAGGAGAGAGGAAAGGGAAGAAAAGAACAGGGAUAGGGACAGAGAUCAAAGGUCAGAUACCCAGAUUCUGGCAGGCACAAGGAGCAUUCUAAAUGGCAUGGUCCUAAGAGUAGGAGUAGGAGCAAUGAUAUAUCCCACAGGUAUCAAAUCCUGGCACUCUCGGAACUGGGGAUCUCCCAAUUCCAGAGAUUACAGGCAUCACUAA